AUGGCUCCCGCAGCGACUGAUAACGCCGCUGCCCAGCAGUCCGCUGGGUACGACGCGGCCCGCCCCUUCGUCGGCAAGGUCGCCCUCAUCACCGGCUCCGGCCGUGGUAUCGGCCGCGGCAUCGCCAUCGAGCUCGGCAGGCGCGGCGCCAACGUCGUCGUCAACUACGCCUCGUCCGCUAAAGCUGCCGAGGAGGUCGUCGCCGAGAUCGAGAAGCUCGGUGCCAAGGCCGUCGCCUACAAGGCCGACAUCAGCAAGCCCGCCGAGGUUGUCGACCUCUUCGACCGCGCCGUUGCCCACUUCGGCCGCAUGGACUUCGUCAUUUCCAACUCGGGCAAGGAGGUUUGGUGCCCCGAGGAGGAGGUCACCGAAGAGCUCUUCCAGAACAUCUUCGACCUCAACACCCGCGGCCAGUUCUUCGUUGCCCAGCAGGGCCUGAAGCACUGCUCUCGCGGCGGCCGCGUCAUCCUGACCUCCUCCAUCGCUGCCCAGAUGGGCGGUAUCCCCAACCACGCCCUGUACGCCGGCUCCAAGGCCGCCGUCGAGGGCUUCACCCGCGCCUUCGCCGUCGACUGCGGCGCCAAGGGCGUCACUGUCAACGCCAUCGCCCCCGGCGGUGUCAAGACCGACAUGUUCGACGAGAACGCGUGGCACUACGUCCCCAACGGCUACAAGGGCAUGCCCAUGGAGAUCAUCGACCAGGGCCUCGCCAACCUGAACCCCCUCAAGCGCGUCGGCGUUCCUGCCGAUGUUGGCAAGGUCGUCGCCUCUCUCUGCCACCCUGACUGCGAGUGGAUCAACGGCCAGGUCAUCAAGGUCACUGGCGGUGGCACAUAA